CAGUCAUUUCGGGACUUGACAGCACACACACCCAGCUCGGCUCCCCACGGCACGACCUUAGCCCUCUCCAGCGUCUCAGCUCCGCACCCAGUCAGAUGGGCAGCCGAUUCGGAACAAUGGGCAACCUCCAUGUGACCUUCCAGUCUCUCCAGAAGCCCGUUGUGAAGAAGACCUUCAAGGGAAGCUACAAGAAGUGAGGGAAAAGCGAUCAGGGGAAGUGGACAGUGUGAAGCCGAAACCUGCAAGAGGGCACUGAGGACAGUUCACAUUUCUGGGAAAGGACCAGUCUCAGGUUUGCUAAGCAGUCUGAGAGAGGAGCACAGAGGAUGGCAAUCACAGGCAUCCCCACAGCAGGCUUUUCCAUGGCACCAAGAAAGCAUACAGGCACCAGGAUGGGUCUGCUGCAACAGAGGUGUACAGGGUACCCGCUCUAUGUGCUGAGUCUCCUCGAGGCUGCUGGGACCUUGACCUUGAUGGUCUAUGCACUGCUGUGUGAAGUUGGAAACCUGGUUGACCUCCCUGACAAACGCAUUGGCUUUUACAACUUCUGCCUGUGGAAUGAGACAGCCGGGGAGCUGCAGUGCCUGGACUACAAGCAUCUACAGGUGAUGGGCAUCAGCCUACCAGAAAUAGCGCUAGCCAGGGUUUGCGUCUAUACCUGCCUGGUCUUCAGCAUCUUCUACCCCCUUUUUGUUGUAAAUGUGCAGUGCACAGAGCAGAGAGAGGGGUGGAAGAUGAUCCUCAUCAUACUCUUUAUCCAGAUGAUAAUCCUGUCUGGAGGCCUGGGUAUGUUUCUUUUACAAACCUCACAGUGGAUUCAUCCCUCUGAUUUCACUGGGGGCUUCCUGGCACUGCUUGGGACUCAGGCUCUGCUACUGCUUCAGAUUCUCACUGCCACUAUGUACCUCAGCUGGGUCAAGCACACAGACAAGUGUCAAAGGCCUUUUACAGAGAAGGUCCUGCCCACUGAGAUUUGACAGUGAAGAAGAUGCAAAAGCUAUCAUUAACCUGAUUUAAAUUAGUAAUCCCAAUGCAGCUUUAGUCACUGGCAAGAAUUUUAUCCUUAGUCCAAAGGCUCAUGUCCAGCCAUGCUCUGGCAUAUUGCUGUGUGCAACACUCCUCUCUCGAGUUGGCAGCAGACACCAAUAGCCACAGCGCAUGACAGAAGCUUCCCAGGAACAACAGCGUGUAACAUCCCUCAGUAUGGGGAACAGCAUCAAAGCAACAGCACUUCUGGCCCUGACCCAAAGGGCAGUGAUCAGAACCAGCAGACAGUGGACACAGUCCUCUGUCCUAAGAUAAUAUCUAGUUUAAGUUCAGCCAAGCAGGGAAGGAAGCAUACACCCUUUCUUGGAGCUGCCCAGAGAAUAUGCUCCUUCUCCACCUCCUGGACUAACCAGGGAUGCCUUCAAGGUAAUUGUGACUUGAGUAGCUGUGGCUUCAUGCUGCCAUUACAGCAGUAGCAGCCUCAAAGGUGCACUGAAAAUACUCUCUUCAGCAGGAGCACCUGUACUUCACCAACUCUAAUAGUAUCUGGAGUGACUCUGCCUU